GAGGCUUCUCACUUUGCAUCAGCGCCGCGACAACUGGCGCGACGUUGCGAGUCGUGGAAGCCCAUGACGAUGUCAGAUACUCGGCGUGAAAGAUUUUCGUCCAUCGACCUUCGUCACUUUUGCCCAAAAAUAUUCAUGUCAAAACGAUCCAAGUUGGGUGAGCUUCGGAGACUUUCAUUGCUCUUGAAGGAUAUUCUCGUCACAGAUUGAAGAUUAGGAUUAAUGUCUUGCGUGCUGAGCGCUUGAUUCUUCGAGUUCGCAAGUAGCGACGAAUUGAGGUCCAACCCCAGCUGUAGGCGUUCGAUGUUGAGUAGAGUCACUGUGAUGGAGCUUCGUGGCUUCGUCGAGAAUGCGCGUUAAUGACAGAGUGCCUGACGGAGUCUGCUUCUUGAGGCGGUGGAUUGUAUAUCUCUCCUAUUUUGGGCAAUGCAAAUUGAAUAUGUUUCUGAUUUGUUUGUGGCUGCUUGAGAAGAUCAUAUUAUUUGCUUCUUUAACUGAAAAUCUUCGAAAGAAUUGAAUUUAUUGUAAAACGAUGGAAGAUGCAAAGAAGAAUGAAAGAAAACCUGCAUCUGUUACUGCUGCCAUCACCAAAAAUAUAUUACUGUCGGUGGCCAAGAUGACAAAAUCGCAUGGAAUAGAUAUCAAUACACCUGGAGCCGGGUCGUCGACCCAGAGAACGAGUAAGAGAGACGAUUCUAAGACAGAAGCAAGCUCAUCCAAAAGUAGAAGCUCUAGAUCAUUUUCAACCCAACACACGAACGAAGGCGAUGUUUGUGGACAAAUUCCAAUGGAGGUGUUGGAGGAUGACGUUUCUAGGAACCUUGCCACCCGCAUCGGCAGAUAUCGAGUUUGGCGCCCUGAAGAAUCUGUCGUCCGAAAACGUCCUGGCUACUGCGUACCUUCGGUGGAAGAAUUGAACGCUCUGUACAGAAUGCCGACACGGCGGCUUCGAACGAGAGAAGAUGGCAUUGGGGGAGCGACUCUUUGGCAACCCUGUGAGCCUGUCCCUCCCAUUGGAGUUGAAGCUGCCAUCGCCAGGAACCUAGAGAUCCAACGCGAAGAAGACAUCUGUGUGUCAUAUACCCACUUGGGUAAAUGGAGAGAUGUGUUGCGAGAUCCUGUGGAGGUUGAGAAUGGAAGGCGUUCUAAAAAACGUUCAUCGAGGUAUGAGACAAGCUAUUUUUGCCACUCUCCCCAUUUGACAUUAUUUUUACUGUUAUUAUUUUCUUUUGUUGUUAUCGCUGUUAUUGUUUUAGUGAUGAGACGUGGUUUUCUUUCCAUUCAAUCAAUCAGUUAAAGAAGCUGGUAGGAGUAAAAAGUUGUUUAUUUUGCCUUCGUUGCAAUGCUUUGGAAUGAAGUGAAUGAUUCGAUCUUAUAUAUAUAUAUAUAUAUAUAUAUAUAUAUAUGUAUGUGUGUGUGUGUGUGUGAGAGAGAGAAUAUAUCUAUAUAUACAUACAUUUAUAUGCAAUGAACUUGGCAACAAUGUAUCAAAUGCAAUUGUAGUGUUUUGACUUGUAAACAAAAGAAGAAACCUUCCAUUGCUGAAGGAAGGGAUGAAACAAACAAACCAAAGGUAACAUAUCUUACAACGCAACCCACUAUUCUCUCUCUCUCUCUCUCUCUCUCUCUCUCUCUCUGGCUCUAUAUAUAUAUAUAUAUAUAUAUAUAUAUAUAUGCAUAUACACAUAUAUAAAUGUUAGGAGGUUUAACAUGUAUAAUUUGUGUUCAUGUAUAACUUUUAUCUUUAUGCUUAGGUAGACGAGUUGAUGGAUUUAGAGCUUUCACACAUAAAAACUGGUGAUCAAGCUAUAAUUUUUUUCUCAACUAAUCAAGAUAAACCUCGUGUCAAAUUCUUUUAUUGUAA